CACCGUGCCACUCCCAGGUUCGCAGUGCUCGUGGCAGAAGUUGUCAUGGAAAUAGAAGAGGAUCCAGCGUCCUCCCGCGGAGAUGUUGCCAUGGAGAUCGCAACCCGGGAUGCAAUAGCUGUAGCGGUGCAAGGCGCGAUCAGCGGAGAUCUGGAGCCCGAAGAGCGGAGCGGGGUUGUUCAGCACCUCGGACAGCACCUGAAUGAGGGACCACCUUUCUGUCAGCGGAGUUACUACAUGCUGAUUGUCAUCGGAGAGAUCGCGACAGAGCACCAACUCCGAGCUGUCAGAGAGCACAUUGAACAGGGCAUCCGCUCCUGGGACGUCGACCUCACUUCCUGUGACCUGAACCAACAGCUGCAGCUGUUCGUGAGCCGACACUCUGCCCAGUUCUCGGCUGAAGUCAGAGGACAAAGAACUCUGCAGCACAAAAGUGAUGUCCUCGAAACUGUGGUUUUAGUGAAUCCAGCAGAAGAUUCCCUCACUUCUGAAAUACAUUCUCUGAUCGGUGACCAAGCAGCACACAAGCUACUCGUCCUGAGUGGCCAAAGCUCAGAACAGGGUGGAGACCUCCUGCUGCAAAGUGGCCCAUUUACUUUUAGAAAUUUUGCAGACAUCUUUGCUGAUCCUGAGGUUGGUGGUCUGCUAAGAAAAGCAUCCCCUGAGCACCGGGCUAGGCUCACUGUGUUCUGCCAGGGGGAGGUGGGCUGGAGCUCCCUGAGGCAGCAGCACUUCCGGGAGUCCCUGGAUUACAGACUGAAUCCUGACCCUGUGCUGCCCAAAAUGGACGGAGUCACAGAAUUCACGGAGUACGUCUCCGAGACGGUGGACGUUCCAUCGCCUUUCGACCUCUUGGAGCCGCCGACCUCUGGAGGCUUCCUGAAGCUAUCUAAACCCUGCUGCUAUAUUUUCCCUGGUGGGAGAGGAGACUCUGCCUUGUUUGCAGUUAAUGGCUUUAACAUCCUGGUAGAUGGAGGCUCCGAACGAAGAUCUUGCUUCUGGAAGCUUGUCAGGCAUCUGGACCGUAUUGAUUCCAUUCUCAUUACUCACAUUGGAGCCGAUAAUCUCCCGGGUGUCAAUGGACUCCUUCAGAGAAAGAUUGCCGAACAAGAUGAGGAGCAGUCGCAGGGGUCUACCACCUACAGCGACUGGAUGAAGAACCUGAUUUCACCAGAGCUGGGUGUGGUGUUUUUUAAUGUCCCCGAUAAACUUCGAAUGCCUGAAUCAACAUUGAAGGUGAAACGGAGUAUCGAGGAAGCCUCAUUGACCUUACAGUACCUUAGCAAGCUCGGGAUCAAGCCUGAGCCUCUCUUCAGAGUGGUCAGCAACACCAUUGAGCCCAUCACACUAUUCCACAAGAUGGGUGUCGGCAGGCUUGACAUGUAUGUUCUGAAUCCUGUGAAGGACAGCAAGGAAAUGCAAUUCCUCAUGCAGAAGUGGGCAGGAAACAGCAAGGCUAAAACUGGAAUUGUCCUGCCCAGUGGAAAAGAGGGAGAAAUAUCGGUUCCUUAUCUGACAUCUGUUACCGCUCUCGUGGUAUGGCUCCCGGCUAGCCCCACAGAGAAGAUCGUUAGAGUUUUGUUUCCUGGAAAUGCACCGCAGAACAAAAUCUUAGAAGGCCUUGAAAGGUUAAAGCACCUGGAGUUCUUGCGAUAUCCAGUGGCUACUCAGAAGGACAUAUCCUCCGGUAGUCCUCCUCCUCUAAUGAAACAAACGAAAAUGAAGCAGAGGACUGACAGCAAAGAAAGUCUUAAAUCUGCCUCCAAGAUACAGGCGGCGGUAAAGCUUGAGAAGAAAGAUACAGACGGACAAGAAGAGGUUUCAAUCGCAGAAACAAAAAGUGACUCUGUGAAGGAGAACAAGAUUGAAAAGAAAGUGGACAAGAAAAUCAAAGAGAGUGACAAACCGGUCAAGCCGCUCAAGGCCAAAUCGGAAACAAUGGACUCGAUAAAACAGGAGAAGAAGAAAUUAUCAAAAGAAAAGUCAAUCAAGAAAAAUAUCAAAGAAAAGGCAUCCAAGAUGGACGAGAAAAAGGAUAAAGAGAAGAAGGAGUUGAAAAAGGAAAAGCGUGAAAUAAAAAAAGACGAUGUCGCUAAAAGAGAUGAGAAAAAAGAGGCUAAAUUGAAGGAGGACAAAAAGAAAGAGGCGACUAAACCAGAAUUAAGAAAGAUCACUAAACCCGAUCUGAAGCCCUUUACCCCUGAGGUCAGGAAGACCCUGCACAAGGCCAAGGUGCAUGUCAAACCUAAGACAGACAAAAACAAAAUUAAAGAUGCCAAGGAACAUGUCGCUGAACAAAUUCCCACAUCAGUACCAGAAACUAAGGACAUCCAGCCCAAACCUGAAGAGCAGGUAACAGUGGAUGAAAAGUCUAGGGUUUCCACACCAGAAGACCUUACUAAGGAUUUUGAAGAACUCAAAAAAGAUGAGGUUUCCAGUCUGGAAGCGGAGCCUGCAAAAGAUGCACUCCUAGUUUCAGAGCUUUCUGCAGGUGAUACUGCCAUCGCAAGCCCUCUCCCAGAGGAAGAAGCUGAGAAAAAGAUCGAUUCCGAAGCUUUGACCGAUGCAAAACUUCCAGUGUUGGAGUCUCCAGAUGAAGGGAUAAUGACUACAGAUGCUGAAACUGAAUCUCCUCGGGAAGAAAAGAAGCUGACACAAGAGAAAGCUGAAUCGGUAGAAAAAGCUGGAGAUAAAUAUGAGGAUGAAGGUGCAGCUAUGGGGGAAGAAGAUGAGGAAGAAGAUGAAAAGGUAGAGAAAACAGUUGAGAAGAAAACUGUGGAAGAAGAAGAGGAUAUGGGAAUGGGGGAGGAGGAAGAUGAAGGAAAAUGGAAGGAGGAGAAGGAAACGGAGGCAGUAGACAGGAAGCAUGAAGAAGAGGAGAUGGAGAAGUGUGAAAAAUAUGCAAUAAAGACUGAAAUAAAAGAGCAGCUCGCAAAGAUUGAACCCGAGGAAGAUGAGGAAGAGGAUGGAGAUGUGAUAGAAAAGGCAGAACUGGAGGAAGCAGAAGAUGUACACAUAACAGGUGAGGAAGAGUUGAAAGUUAAAAGUGAGGAGAGCCAAAAAGAAAAGCUUGAGAAGAAGUGGGACACUGUGACACCAAAAGAGACAUCACAGGACAAAGGAGAAAAGGACGUAGACGCUUAUGUGUCUGAUGUUGGGCCUCCUACCACUGCUGUUACAGCAACAGGACAGGGUGCCACUGCAGCAGAACACGUUUCCUAUAUUCAGGAUGAGACUAUUCCUGGUUAUUCAGAAACUGAACAGACCAUUUCUGAUGAAGAAAUUCAUGAAGAGACUGAGGACAGGAUUCCACACCUCCGCUAUGAGGUUGGUGCCUAUGACAUUUCUGUCCCUGAUGAAACAGGCUCCUUUGAUACCAUUCAUGGCAUGAGAGAGAUGAAAGGUGCUGCCAUUCAUGAUGUGUCAGAUCUAACAGCAAAGGGAUUCAUAGAAGGUCAGGACCCUGCCCUAGCUGUGUUCUCCACCAAUGUCAUUGCAGCACCUUUAGCAGAAGAGGAGCACAUCUCCUCUGCUACGUCAAUUACUGAAUGUGAUAAAUUGUCCUCUUUUGCCACUUCUGUUGCUGAAGAUCAGUCCAUAGCAUCGGUGACAGCUGCUCAGACUGAAGAAACUGGAAAAAGCUCCUUGCUACUUGAUACUGUCAACAGCAUUCCAUCAUCUACAAGAACUGAGGCCACACAGGGGAAAGAAUAUGUACACUCUGCUGGGACCAUUUCACCUACUUCCUCUUUAGAAGAGGACAAGUACUUCAAGUCACCCCCUUCUGAGGAAUAUCAGCUACAUCUGUUGGAAGUUGAAGCUGGAAUAAAGACUGUACAGGUUCAUGAUGAGGAAGAAGAAGAGGAAGAAGAAGACGAAGACCAAACACCUAACGUUGACAUUCCACUAGGCAAACUUCAAGAAAGCUAUGGGUUGUUUCAAGACAAAGACUUUGAGAAGCUUCCUUUGUCCGUGUCAGUGGCCACCUCAGAAACUGCUGGGGAUAUGGAAUUAGUGUAUCCCCCAGUUAUGGAUGAAAAGAAGGAUUCUGUCACCAAAGAGGACAUCUUAUUUGGAGUUACUAAAAAAUCUCCCUCCCCGCCACCUUCUUUUUCAAGUGCUUUAGCAAUGGAGUCCAGUGCAGAAAGUGAAGAGAGAAGUUUUAGUCCAGAUGACAUCACUGUGAAGAUGACCUCGCAGUCUGGGCCAACUAGUGCAGGCCAUACUCCUUUUCACCAGUCACCUGUGGAAGAAAAUAAUGAAACUUCUGAAAUUCAACAGCCAGCUUUGAAAGCAGAAGAUAUAAAGGAUAUUGCAGAACUACAAUUCAGUAAAGGUGACAAAUUUGAAGCAUUUGCAAUUCCAGAUGCUGACAAAUUUCCAUUUUUAGAAAAAGAUACCCAAGGCAUUAUAACAUCAGCGCAAAAGAAAGAUGAGAUUUUCCCUGAUAAAGGACAGUUUCUUCAAGAGGAGGCCAAGCCAACUUCUUUUGAGGGAGACUGUCCAAUAGAAACAUCUCUAACAAAAAAAGAAAAUGAGAAGGAUUUUCAAACAUUAAAUAUUUCUUUAGAAAAGGUAGUAUAUGAUGACUCAGAAGAGGAAGAGGACAGGAAGAGUGAUUUUAGAGCAAGCCACAAAAAAUAUGUUGAGGAAAAGGAAAGUCGGUUCUUAGAUGAUGACGAUACUUGUGAAGAUGACUUGCUCAGUACAGAGAAGGUAAAGGAAGAAGUGAAAAGACAUGAACAGGAGCAGAGCUUUGAGACUACCUACCUGCAAACCACACAGAGAAUGGGGGUUAAAGCGCCCGAGGCCUCUUAUUUACACCAAGAAAUCAAGUCUGAUGUUCAGGACUCAGAUGAAGAAGAUGACGAAGGGGAUGCUGUUUGUAUGGGUGGAGCAGGAUCUAGACCUUUAUCAGUAGAGCCAAUCAAAUUAGAUUACACGUCUCAAGACCUACAGUCAGGUAUAGGUGAGACCAUUAACCAAUCAAAAGAAAGCUAUGCAUCCACACUUUCCUCUGUUGUACUGCCAAAAGAAGAGGUUGAGAUGUUACCUCAAACUGUUGCCAAAGAUCAAGGAAGACAUUUGCAUGCAGUCUCACCUGAACCAGAGGAGGAAGGCUCAUCCCCAAUGAAAAUGAGCAGCACAACAAUCUCCUCUGCAGAUACUACUACUACUACCAGUGGCUCUGCUAUGAAGACUGAACCUACUUCUUACCCUACCACUAUUGAAAACACAUCGAUGUGCUCAAUACUUUCUAGCACUGACAGUCAAGGUAGUGCUGAGGAGUCCUCUCAACCAGAAAUUUUGAUGCCCUCAGUGAUUACAAAAAAAGAUGAAGAUUAUUACUCUAAUGAAAUGCGAGGAUUGGCUUCCAAAGAAGAGGAGAAGCCUGGAAAAGAGGCAAAGUGGGAAAUGGAGAAGGAGCAAGAACCAGCUUUCCCCGGCGUAGUUUCACCUUCUUCAUAUUUUCUUCUGGAAAAGGAUGUGGUAGAAAAGUCAUUUUCAGACAAGGAAGAUGCAGAAGAAAAAGAGAAACAUGUUACAUCAAAAUAUAGUCCUGAGGAAAAGGAAAUACCAAUAGAUGAUAAAUGGGAUGUAACUGAGACACUACAGAGAUCUGAAAAACUAGAAGAUGUGGCUACGGAUGACAAUAAGGCAGCCAUGCAUUCAUCAGUUGGUGAAAGGUUUGAAGAUGAAGCAGCUUUCUCUACAGAGGAACAUCAUAAAGAAGAAGCAGUAUCAUUCAGCAGAGUUGAUUACCACGCAGAAACUUUGACAGAGACUGAAAAAAGUGUUCAUUUCAGUCUCGGUGUGUUUCCAGACCAUGAAGACCGUGAAAAAGGCCAACAAGAAGAGCAUAGAAGGGAAGUGAGGCAAGACACACCUUUUGUGAGUGGAAAAACCUUUACUUACACUGAGAUUUAUGAAAACAAAUCAGCUCUGGAAAAAGAACCAUAUUCAUGUCUUUCCAGCUAUGAGCCAGAUUACUACCUUGAUAAUUUGAACAUGGAAACAAAUAUUGAGAAAACUGAAGAAAAGAGCACACACUCUUCUCUUCCUGUGACGACAGAGGUUAAGGCCAAGGAAGAAGAGAAAUACAGUUUAAGCACAUUUACUGAAGAGUCAUCUUCAUUAACAUGGAGUCAGUCAAAACAAGAGGGGCCAAUUUCCACUGUUACAACACACGAUGAUGUUCCUGAAAAAAAAACCAUAGUAGAAGAGGUGAAAGAAAAAGAUUCAGCAGAGAAAGAGAAAGGGAAACUCUCCAUGGCUGAGGAACAAGACUCAUCCUCCAGUCACUUGGUAGAUAAGAAAGAUCUGUCCCCUCAAGCUAAGUCUGAGAGUAAAGACACCCAACUUGGUGCAUUCCAUCCUGAGUCACCUGAAUCUCCAGAGCCUCACAUAGAUGACAACAUUAUGGCAUCGGAGUAUUCUGUGAAAACCAGCACUGUUGCAUCUAAAUCUAUGAUGUAUUAUGAGAAGGAUGAAGUUUCAGAGAAAGACAGUAUGAGGUUGAAAAUGGAAGAUGAGGAUGAUGAUGAUGAUGAUGAUGAUGAUGAGCAAGAUCAGCUUGGGGUGGAGAAGGGUGUCAGCGAUUCAGAUGUUGAGAAAGGAGCCAAAGAGGAAUCUGAAAAAGAAUUCAGAAGCACAUUUGUUGAUGCAGUAAGCUCAAAAGUCCAGCUGACUGGAAUUUUAAAGGAAGAUGAAAAAGUAAAGGAAAAUAUCCCUUCUACAAGCGUAAAACCUUCCACACCAGAACCCUUUGAAACCCCUGUUAGCAGUAGUAUCCAAAAGACAGGGGCUGAGGAUGUUCUUAAAAAGACCAUGAGUGACACUACUUCCUCAUUAUCUGGCUACUACACUGAAAUUGGAACAACAGAAUCUAAAGAGUUUUCCUAUGAAUUUGAGCAUCCUGACCCUAAGGACUCUAAAGACUCUACUAUAACUAGCCAGUUGCUGAGGAAAGAACAGGAUCAUGAAACUCUUGAUCAUUUACACUUCUCUGUAAGUAAACCAAGGGAAGAUAAAUAUGGGUUUGGAGAAAAAGAUGAGGUUGAGAAGCAGACAACCCCUGAUAUUUUAAGUAAAACAUCUGGGGAUUCAGCUUCUCUUGCUUUUACUUAUGCUACAACUUCUGCCACUGCAUAUUCUUCUUCCUCAUCAUAUAGUCAUCCUUCCUCUGCCUCUGCAUCUCUCUCAGCCAGCCGGCAAUCUGGAGAGGAGCUGGAGACGCCAGCCACCACCUCAGAGACCCUCUUUAAACCUGAUGUGGAUAGCGCAUGUUUUGAGUAUUCAUCUUUUAAGGAGGAGCAAUCCCUUGUGAUGGACUCUCCUUUCUCGAGUUCUGGUGGACUGAUAAAAGAUGAAUACCUAGAGGUUUCUGAUAAGCUGACUCCUGCUACAACAACUGCAGAAUCAGCUUCCAGUCUUACAAGGUUUUCUCCACUGAGUCCUUUUGAGGAGGUCAAACCUUUCCCACCUCUUUCAUCUGUUCCAUGCGAAGAAGCUAAAGACCACCAAGCACUGAAAAGUACCACUACAGACAAAGGACAACAUGCUGAGUCCUUUGUCAAGCCUGUAAGCACCGAUGUGUCUAAGUCACCUGAAUGUCCAAGAGUGCCAGAUCCUUGUUCUCAACUCCCACCAAAGGAACCCACACCCCGGAGUCUGUUUGAUGUUUCUCCAUUACAGCGAGCAGAUUCUGUGGAAAAACAUCAGAGAGAUGAGACAGAAGUCAGUGAGGAGGAAAAUUAUGAAUGUGAAAUGGAACAAAGCACCUUACCAUGCCGAAUUGAAUGCCAAAGAGUUUCAUCUACAAUCCCAGCUGAAGAAAAGAAAACAACACAGCCUAUGUUUGAGCAACAGGUGACCACUCAACCAAGCAUAACUAGCACUCUCCCUGAUGUGCUUACCUCAUACACAUCUCCAUCACAGCAGACUUCACAGUCUGCAUCAGCAAAUGGACCCUUGGAGGUCAGUGCAAGUUCAUCUGAGGUCCCUGUAGAAGGUACUGCUUCUCAAUGGACUGAAAAACCAGGUCAACAAAGCACAGAGCAGAAAGAAGAUAAACCUAUCGGGCACGCAGAGAAAAAGGAUGAGAAGGAGAAACAGAGCAGUGGAGAAGUGGAGCAGCAAAUAGGAAAAUGUCCAGAGGCUUUCCCUCCACAAUAUCAAGAAGAUGAUGACAAGGAGGAGGAGAAACUGGAACGCCCAGCUCGGCCUCUUUCCCUGGCGUCAGCUGAUCAGUCCUUUCAUUCAUCAUUCCAGCCAGAUGCAUUUGGAAAAGCAGGGGAUGAUUCCAACCUUCCUUCUGACGUAGGCAUGGAAGCAACUUCCUCACAUACAUCAUCAGCAUCUGCUGGAUAUUCUUCCUAUGAGUACAAACACAACAAAGGAGAAAUCUCACCAUCAUUCAUCAAUCCAAGCCCACACCAGCUCUCUACUGAUGAGGAAGAAGAGGAUGAAGGGAGCGACCAGUCACAAGAAGGUGAUGACAACCAGCCCUCUGUCAAAAGGCGAUCCCGCAAAGAGCAGCGGCACCACACUCACAGCAAACCUGGAGAUGACACUGGGUCACACCACCAUCCUGGUGCCAUGGCUGCUGGAUUUGCUCUAGCUGGAGAAGAAACCCCUCCAACCUCUGUUAGUGAAUCAUUGCCUACACAGUCUGACUCUGAUGUACCACCUGAGACUGAGGAGUGCCCGUCAAUUACAGCAGAAGGCAACCUGGACUCUGACGAGGAUGCUGAAUACCUGCCUGUAGAUAAAUCUACUAUAGCUGGUGGAAGCAGUCACCACGUGUCAUCAUCAAGGAGUCAUGAUCCUCCACCUGCGCCCAUGAAGGACCCAUUCCCUCAUCCUCCUCACCCAGAUGUGUGCAUGGUUGAUCCAGAGGUUCUGCCCAAUGACACUAACUAUACAGACAAACUGCUGAAGAAGGAUGGGAAGACUAACAAAGUUGUGCGGAAGUCACUGAACAAGCCCAAAUCAUCCUCCCCCGCUCGCAAAACCGACACCAGAGGUAAGAAAUCUCCCAUCCCUGUCAAACAGGCAUCCAAGGGCCCCUCACCUCGGGCUUCUCUGAAAAAGGAGGCAGAAAAGACAUCUAAAUUGUCAAGGAUGUCUGAUGGACAGGGAUCCAGAGAGGAGAAAGAUGAGGUAUCCAAGUCCAGCCAGAACCCAGGAAAAGGACUUGUUAAUGGCAUCAAGAGCAGCAUAGGUUCCAGUUCCCAGAAGUCCAGUUCAGUUGUACCACCAGGACCCCCCAUCUACGUAGACCUGGCCUACAUCCCCAAUCACUGCAGUGCCAAGAAUGUGGACCAGGAGUUCUUCAAGCGAGUGCGUGCUGCGUACUACGUGGUGAGCGGCAACGACACCGCCAAUGGAGAACCCAGCCGCGGGGUUCUGGAUGCGCUGCUUGACGGCAAGGCCCAGUGGGGGUCCAAUCUCCAGGUCACUUUGAUCCCUACCCAUGACACCGAAGUGACACGAGAAUGGUACCAACAGACCCACGAGAAGCAGCAGGAGCUUAACGUUAUGGUCCUGGCCAGCAGCAGCACAGUCGUCAUGCAGGACGAGUCUUUCCCUGCCUGCAAGAUCGAGUUCUGAGACCCCUCAGACUCUUCAUCUGUUUUGCUUCUCAUGCCUAUUUCUGUGUUUCCCAAGAGGGAAGAUUUUUCCAGCCUUCUGCAGCCAAUCAUAUAGUAAUACGAAACAUUUUUGUCAUCUCCAUUUUUUGAAUUUCUGCAGUUGUUUUGUCGUUAGCCGUCUAUGCUUGCAUAUGCCGGUUCCAUCACUGAAUGGUCACUGAUCUACAACAUCAUAAAAUCCUGUUGAAUGCCUUGCUAGGACACGCAGCAACUGUCGAGUUUGCCAUAAAGAGGACCUGAGUUGCACAUACAAGCUAACAUAGAAAAUUUGAAUAAAGGCUUAUUUUUUAAUGCAAGAAAGCUGACGUACAUUAAAUCGCCAAAAAAAUGACCAUGGCUGCCCUGGUUAACAUUAUGGAUGCUUUUUCUAGAGAGUACUUACUUGAUGUGCUGUAGUGAAAUGAAAUAAAAUAGGACAGUGAUACUAUCUCACCAAGUUAUUUGCAGAUAUUUGGUAUUAAUCUUGUUACUGGAUUGAAUCAAACCACAGUCCUCACUAAUCUGUCAUGCUAGUUUGCAUCAUCACCAGUGAUGGUAUUCUUGUAAUACUUGUGUUGACUAAAUUGUUAUGCUUGCUUUGUUUUUUUUGCCUUCAGCUGUAUAUUUCAUUAAGUUCUGAAUCAUUUGCACAUUGUCAUCAUUUCCAAAGUUUUAGAUGCUAUCGAUCCAACUGUGUCUGAGCUGAAACAGUGUGGCUGACCAGUUCUGUGCUUGGUGUUGUAGGUGCGUCUAACACAAAUGAGAGGCUCCAGUGUAGUCUUAAGCACUUUACUUAGUACACAGAGAGGAUGGUUCAGUGGUAUUGUUUAAAAUGUCAUUUAUCUUGCUGAUUUUUAAUGCCUGAAAAACCUUGUCCUCUUUGGAAUGAUUGUCUUAAUAUCAAUGGAAGAGGUCCUUUUCUCUGAAUAUGUUACAUGAGGUGAGCUCAUCUGAAAUUACAUGCACUAUAAAACAAUAGUUGACUGAAAGCAUCCAUCAAAACAAAUUAGGAAUUUUAGUAGGGAAUGGCCUAGUCAAAAUUUCGUCUUUGUCAGGCAGUAGAUCGAGUGUCAAUUUAGUUUUCUUUUUGUUUUCCUCUGGUGGUUUAAAGUAUGAAAUAAAAAAUAUACUAGCCUUCUUUCAGUAUACUACAGAGUAUGUUUGUCAACUGACAGCUGGUUAGUUGUGCUAAACGAUUUUAACCCUUUUACAAGCUUUCAGCUUCAGCACGGGCUGUAGACCCUGGCUUGUGUUUUUCUUGAUGCUGGAUAGAUACUUCUUGAUCAGUGCACAAUACCUUGAGCUGAUUGUAAAAAAAAUGGGGCUUUUGAAUCAUUCUGGUUCUGUCUCUGUCAUUGUUGCUGGUUUUGCAGGAACUUGCAAAUAGUCACAUGCCCCCAUAAUAAUAUAAAUGGUAAUAUCUGUUUUAACAUAAUCGGUAAGAGGACAACUAUUAGCAGAUUUUAGGUAGGAAUUAUUUUUCAGGGGGGUAAUGAGAAGUCUCACACACUAUCCAUUACAGUGAUAUUUUUCUGCAAUCAGUUGAUUUUCUGGAAUAUUCACACAAUGCUGUUUUCUCUUGUACUAGUUGGAGGCUUUCAGGAUAUAUUACGACAAGCAGAUCUGCACAUUUUUAUAUAUAUUAUGUACCUUAAUGACAAAGAAAAGAACAUUUAAAAUAUGUUUCAAACUCAUAAAAUGGUCCAUAUUAUGUUUUUUUGUUGAAGACUUAACUCCUCUUGCAGAGCUGAGAUAUUUAACAUUUGUGGUAUAAUAUAUAAAGUUAAUUCAUACUAUUUUGUUAAGACUAUUAUAUCUUGAUUUAUUUUCAGCAAUCCUUGUGAACAUCAGACAUAUUUGAGAAGCUUAAUUUAAAAAUAUUUUAACAGAUUUUACUUAAACACUUCCCCAUAUGUGAAUAAGAUCAACGCAUUUGCAAAUGUAGCAAUAGAAAAUAUUUAUUCUUGCAAGAAUCCUGAGAAGACUGAGAAUCGUGUUACUCCAGUAGAAAGUAGGCUUGUCCCAUCUUGUUGGCUGUGUAGCUGCUGGUUCGUGUGAGGAUGACUGACCUUGCAGUGUUUUGUAACAGAAAAUAUAGAUAGGAUUCUUGUGGGUAUAUUUACAUGGGUGGUGUGAGAAUCAACCACACGUGCCUUGAGGUUCUAACCCAGGGUGGACUUGGAAUGUGUCAAUCCAGUCCUUGGGACCUGCAGCAGUCCAUGUUUCUGCUCCCUCCAAGUUCCCAACUGAAACUGGGAGGGAGCAAAAAUGUGGAUUGGCUGUGGAUUCCUCAGAACCAGGUUGAGAUACACUGGAGUAGAGAGUUGUAUGCAGGGUUCUUCUUACAGAAGUCACCGGGUCAGUUAUCUUAAGUGGGCCUUAAUUAUAGCAAGACACCUGGAGUUGGAAUCAAGGAUCAUCCAUGGAAUGUUACAUUAACAUGGAGGUUAAAAAUGAACAAAAUUAAUGCUGAAUCAUCCAAGAUCCUUUUCAGAAGCUGAAGGUGAACAGAGCCUAGCAUGAACGGCUAUAGAUGUACAGUAUCAAUUUAGAAGAACAUCAGUUCAGAGGUGACCAUGUAAUGUAGACCACCAGCGUUUGUACCACUUUUCAAACAUGUUAAAAGACUGUAAAUGAAAAUGAAAGCUUGCGUGUUAACUGAUGAUGCAAUGAAAGUUUUAUGUUAUACUUGGUAGACGUGGUGUAUACCAAGAAAACUGUGGAUUGUGGAGGCAAAUAUCUACAUGUUUUGACCGAGGUUCCAGGUUGCAUUUUGAAAAUUGGGAGAACUAGUGUUGUUGUUCAUUUGGGAUCAUGGAGUCUGCAUUACUGUAGGUGUGGGUGUGCAUUUUAGCUGCCAUGAAAAAGGACUGUGUUGUGUGUCAGAGUGCCGUGAGGAGCUCUACAGAUGGCACCAUGUUUUUCCAUGUAAAAAUCUGAACGUAACUGCUUGUAGGUUUUUUUUUUUUAACACUACAAUGUUGUAUAUUUGAAGGGUUUUAAUUGCAGUCCAUCUGUUUUCUAAUGACUGUUUGCAGUGUUGCCAUUUUUAUUAACCUCUAUUGUUUCAAAAUGCCAUAGUUGCUAACCAGAAUUUCGAUGUUGUUUACAUUUCGUUCUUAUUUAGUGUUGCUUUGCGCUGUUUCUGGGAAGCAGACAGUCAGGUCACAGCAUUUUUUUUGAGACUGUAUUCUUUCAAAACAUUUGCUGUUAUUGCUGAAUGAUUGUCUAACAAUAAGUGUUCUCUUGAAAAUGCUGCAUAACAUGGUGAUUCGGAAUGUGUUUUGUGCGAAUCAGGAUGCACACAGUAGGGCAAAAGAGGGUCCAUACUGACUGGGGGGGGGGCUUUACACUUUAGUGUGUUCCGUAUGAAUUCCACACGACUGAUCCCACCACGAUGGGGACGUUAGUGGCUCUGCUUGUAAACACAAAUUGUGCCAUUCAAAGUAUUCGCAAAAAAAAACAAAAAACAAAAAAAAAACAAAAAAAAAACAAAACAAAAACGUACAAUGACACACUAUGCAACUCCAGCCUCCCAGUCUGCCCUCGGAUGGAGUGCCGGUGCAGUGGCGUCAGCGACCAUAGAUGGCUACAUCAAUUUUUCCUUACUACUGUACUUUUUGUGAAAACUAGCGCUAAUUUUUACACGCACCUCAUUUAUACUGCAGGAGCUAUAUGUGCAUUUUCCAGUUGCCUGUUUUCAAUGUCUACUUAACAGCUACUUACGCACAAAUAGUCAGACUCUGGUGUAGAGGGUUUGAAUAUGGUUCAUGUGGCUGGUGGCUUUGUGACCGUCGCACAUGGAGGAAUUCUCGCCUUGCUGAUUCAACCCAGAUUUUAAAGAUGGCCGUCCUGCUCUAAUUCCUCUUAAAGUCAGUGGGCAGAUCCAGAGUAACCAUUUCCAUUUUUCUAUAGUAUGAAUGCAGUUUUUAUUGAUGUAGUUUGUUAGUGAUAACGCUCCUCUGUUGUCAGUAGUCGCCACCUGUGGACAUGCUAUUCAUGGCCUCUUGGCUGUUGACAGAUAUGGUCCCUUAAAGUCGGAAUUCCAAAGGUCGCUGAUGGAGCCAAAGUGACAAAACCAGAAUUAGAUAUCCCAACAAACAUAAAACAAGAGAUGAUUCCUAAAAAGGCUUGCAGUAGCAUUACAAGUGAGCAUGCUUAUGUAAAGUAGCGUGUUUGAAAGUAGAGCAAAGUCUUGACUAAGAAUGAUCGAGUAUGAUUACACUGCAGGUUGAAAAGUAAGGAGCCACUACAUGACAUUAAAAGAGACAUGCAGAUUUAAUUACCCAGAUCCCCCGAUUCUGACAGAGCGUGUCCUGAAGGGUUAGUGCUGUUUGUUUACAGAUACAGUUAAUGUUGGGCUUCAGUGAAAGAUGUGAUAUGAUCAUCACCGUUUGCCCUAAACACUUUCGUUGCUAGCCAGCAUUUCAAGGUGUUCUCAACCGCAAAACUACUUCAGACUCAAAACAGGCUUCAAAGAAAUAAAUGGUGUACUCAUGUAUAUAUAUAUAUAUAUAUAUAUAUAUAUAGAGAGAGAGACACAGACUUGGACAAUAAACUCUGGCUAUACUGGAAGAUCAAAUCAUUCUAGUGAGAAUUUUUAUUUUUAGCAUUAAAAAUUACAUGUGAUUCCAUUUUUCUCCCCAGAGGGGUAAGAAAGCAGCUGUAUAAAACACAAUAUAAAGUGCAAAGACAUUUUUCUGUUACAUCUUCCAGAAACUUCACCCUGAGACGACCAUUUUCAUUUCCAGGAGCCCUGCUUGUUUCUGCAUGUAAUCUUGAGUUAUAUCCUGUAUGUAAUAGUUUAAAACAAAAUGAAAAGAAGUACUUAUUUUAAAAUGUCUUAAAAAUAAUAAUAAUAAUAACUACGACUUGUCUUAAUGGUUCUGAAAAUGGCACAUGCUACCCGCCCCGCUUCCUCCUGCCGUGGGGGUCCGUACCGAGAGCAUCGUGAUAGUUCCUCUUCUUGCGCUGUAUUUGCCCUAGUACUUCAGUUAUUUUCUGUGCAAUAUUCCGUAUUUCUCUUUGAAACCUAAAACAAAAAUAGAAUUACUGAAAAUUUAUUGUAAAAGGGAAAAGCCUGUUGGUCACCAAUAAAAUACAUUUAUUGAAAUGUA